CAAAGUGACCAUUUACCCUUUUGAAAAUAGCAGUGAAGUAAAGUGCAGGGUGCUAUCCGCCUCGUAAACUCCUCCUUCUUCUUCUUCUUCUUCAGCUUCUCUCAUUCUCACUCUCUCAGUCUCAUGGCUGUUGCUUCCAUUGCCCCAUUCUCCAUUACAGGUGGAUCGCAUCUGAAGCAACCUGAACUGUGCUCAGCGAAGCGUAAUUUAUCUCUUCAGAGGAAAUCAAGCUUGGUCAUCACCACCAGGAAGCGCAGAUCAGCAAUUUCUGCAGAAUACCGUGAUAAUAGUGGAGGUGGAGGAGGCGACUUCAUUGCUGGCUUUCUUCUUGGAGGGGCGAUUUUUGGAACUGUAGCAUAUAUAUUUUCUCCCCAGAUCAGAAGAUCUGUGCUUAAUGAGAAUGAAUAUGGAUUUCGCAAGGCCAAAAGACCUGUAUAUUACGAUGAAGGUUUAGAGAGGACCAGGGAGUCAUUGAACAAGAAAAUAGGCAAACUAAAUUCUGCCAUUGAUGAUGUUUCUUCACGUUUGAGAGGUGCCAAGAACGUGCCUGCUUCACAUGUAGGAAGUGACCCUGAAGUAGAAUCUACCUUGUGAGGACACCUCCUGUAGAAUCUACCUCCACAUUGACCCUGAUGCAAUAAUGUUUGAAGUAGUGGAAUUUCAGGAACUGAAGACCAUAUUCAUGUUAUCUUGCCUGAUUUUUUUCUUUUUAUGCUUUGAAACAGUGUUAUAAAACUUAGACAGGUCAUUGACAGAGUUAAAUGGCCCAACGAGUGAGUUAAUGGUUGAGUCAAAACCUAUAUUAUAUAUAUGACAAACUAUUAAAUUUUAUAUUCAAA